AUGGGCAAACGAGGUGCCGACGCAGAAGCUCCUGGAGCUUCUCCAUCCAAAAAGCUGCAGACAGGCAGCGCUUGCGAUGAUGAUGAUGAUGGUGAUGAUGGUGAUGAUUAUGAUUAUCUGGAUGACGACGACCAUGAUGACGACGACAACGACGACGACAACGACGACGACGACGACAACGACGACGACGACGACGACCACACCACCGCACAGACACCAACCUCUGCAGGCGGCGCCGACACGCCCACCACGGCGCCAACCACGCCGCGACCCAAGUUCCCCUCGGACUUGAAAACGCUCGCCUGCACCUGGCCCGGAUGCCCCAAGACGUUCAACCGCCCCGCCCGGCUGAGGAACCACCUCAACUCGCACACAAACUCGCGGCCGUUCAAGUGCCCCCACGACGGCUGCGACAAGGACUACAUCGAGGACAAGCACCUCAAGCAGCACGUCAAGGCGGCGCACACCCACGAGCGCAGGUACGCCUGCCCCGUCCCCGGCUGCGGCAAGGCCUUCGUCACCGGCACCCGGCUGAAGCGCCACCAGGCGGUGCACGCGGGCGCCGACCGGUUCCGCUGCCCCCACUGCGGGCGCAGCUUCCGCAAGCGCGAGACGCUGGCCAGGCACGUCCGCAAGGAGCACCUGCGCGUGCCCGCGUACGCGUGCCCCGCGCACGGCUGCGCCGAGGCCUUCGACUCCAAGCCGGCGCUCAAGCGGCACCGCGACAGGGCGCACGGCCACGUCCGGUUCUGGUGCCUCGAGUGCGGGCUCAGCAGGCCGGCCGAGGACGGGGAACCCCCCCCGCGCGUCGGCUUCACCACCGAGCUGCUGCUCCAGGCGCACAUGAGGAAGGAGCACCAAGACUGCCUCUUUUGCGACUUCAAGCCCGCCUCGCGCUGGGAGCUCGACCAGCACGUCGACAUGCACCACUCGGGCAAGACGGUCGAGGACCGCAAGACCAUCGCCUGCCCCCACGACGGCUGCGCCAAGAUGUUCACCAAGAAGUCCAACCUGAGGACCCACGUCCGCACCGCCCACGAGGGCUUCCGCUUCGUCUGCGGCCAGCUCCCGCUCGCGGGGCCCGACUUCCGCGGCUGGUCCGACGACCAGGGCUGCGGCCAGACGUUCAGCACAAAGGUCCGCCUCGAGGACCACGUGCGCUUCAUCCAUCUCGGCCAGCAGCGGCCCCGGCUGUCCAGGCCGCAGCCCCUGGCCAACCCCGCCGCCCUCAUCGACGAACUGUCCGGCGUGGCCAACGCGGCCAAGCAGUCCAUCUUUUGCCCCCGCUGCCACCAGGGCUUUGUCCGCCACCACGACCUGCAAGUCCAUCUCGGCAGACACCACCACCACCACCACGACAGCCGCGUGCCCAGCGACCCUGCCUGCGUCUCGUUGUCGGAUGGAGCCGACGCCCCGCCGGUACCUGCCGGGCAGGACCUCGAGCAGCCCCCAUGGCCGGGCGGCAUGGAACAAGCCGACGCGCGCGCGCCUGCGCCAAGGGCCGACGACUGGCUCCAAGACGUAGAGAACAUUAUGCUGCUGGCGCGGGAUGUCUCCCAGGAUUCGGAUGCGAACAUUGAUCCUAGCCUGGUCGGUUCAUGA